AUGAAAGUUAUUAAAGGAUUAGGUCCAAUUGCUGCCAGCCCAUUAACGGGCCGUGUUGUUGCUGGACAGGAAGCCCAACCACACAGCUGGCCAUGGCAGGCCUCUCUACAGUUUGCUUAUGAAUCUGACCCGGAUUUCUUUCAACAUUUGUGUGGUGGAACACUCAUUUCUGGAAAUUGGGUCAUGACUGCUGCGCAUUGUAUUGUUACCAUACCAGGAAGAUUUGCUGUUAUUCUUGGAGAGCACAAUCUGGAGCAGAAAGGCAAUGAAUAUUUGAGACAUGUUCAAUUGAUCAUCACUCAUCCUUACUGGAAUCCAAAUUCUCUUGAAAAUGGAAAUGACAUUGCCUUGCUGCGAUUGAAGCAACCUGCAUAUGCUACUCCUGAUGUAGCAUUAGCACUCCUACCACCCUUUGAUCAGGUCCUACCCAAUGGAUAUCCUUGUUACAUCACUGGAUGGGGAUUAACUCAACCUUUCGGUGUUCCAUCUUCCACUCUGCAGCAAGCUCUGCUCCGAGUGGUGGACUAUAAGACAUGCUCAUCUCCAUCCUGGUGGUCAAGUGCAAUCACUGAAAAUAUGGUCUGUGCUGGGGGUGAUGGUGUGACUGCAGGAUGUCAGGGAGAUUCUGGUGGCCCUCUGAACUGUCUGGAUGAUACUGGAAUGUGGGUUGUCCAUGGUAUUGUAAGCUUUGGACCAGUCUCCUGUGUUAUGGAGAGAUACCCUACAGUUUUUACUCGAGUAUCAGCAUAUAUGGACUGGAUAAUGCAGACCAUGCAGCAAUAUGGUGGAGAGUUAAGAUGAUUCCGAAGUAUCAUCAAUGGAAUGAAGUCAAGCAGAAAUAUUCACAUGC